AUGAACGACUAUGUCCAAACAAGAUAUGCACAGAGUAAGUUGGUGACAGUCUCAGAGGAAUUUGGACAGAACAAUCAGAAACAGCACAUUCUGGGAGGGAAGAAGAUCAAUAACAUAUGGGGUGCAGUGCUACAGGAACAGAGUCAAGAUGCAGUAGCUAAUGAACUUUGUAUACUGGGAAUGGAGGGCAACAUUGACAAAAGCAGACAGUCAGAGACUUAUAAUUAUUUGCUGGCUAAGAAGUUAAUGAGAGAAUCACAACAACAGACUGGAAAACUAGACAAAGAAUUAGAUGAAUAUAUGCAUGACGACAAAAAACCCAGUCCAAAAGAAGAAGAAAAUGGACCAAGCCAUCUCAAACGUAAACGGCCUAUUAAAGACAGAAUAGGAAACAGAUUAGAAAUGAAUUAUAAAGGUCGGUAUGAGAUUACAGAAGAGGAUCCUGAAGAAAAAGUAGCAGAUGAAAUUUCUUUCAGGCUUCAGGAACCAAAGAAAGAUCUGAUAGCACGCAUAGUAAGAAUAAUUGGAAACAAAAAAGCAAUUGAACUGCUGAUGGAAACUGCAGAAGUUGAACAAAAUGGUGGACUUUUAAUAAUGAAUGGGAGCAGAAGAAGAACACCAGGUGGAGUUUAUCUAAAUCUAUUGAAAAAUACACCAAGCAUCAAUGAAGGACAAAUUAAGGAAAUUUUCUAUAUUGAAAAUCAAAAAGAAUAUGAAAAUAAAAAAGCUGCUAAGAAAAGGAGAGUACAAGUCUUGGGGAAAAAGAUGAAGCAGGCUAUUAAAGGUCUUAAUCUUCAAGAAUACGAUGAUGCAUCUCGAGAAACUUUCGCAAGUGACACAAAUGAGGCUUUGGCUUCUUUGGAUGAUUCACAGGAAGCACAUGGAGAAACAAAGUUAGAUUCAGAAGAAGCCUUUGAGAUUGAUCAUUCUGUUGAUUUGGAGGUCUUUUAAUAACAUCUUUAAUAGCUAGGGGAAUAAAUUUUUCUAAAAAACAAUUGAAGUUAACUUUUUUAUUACACUUUGACUAUUUCGUUUGCCUUUGCACAUGUUACCUAACUAAAAGACAUUUAAUUUUCUGUUUUGAAGAACACUGUAUGUGGGGGAUGAAACUAAUAAGAGAUGUUACCUGUUGUUUUUAAGUCUUGUCUGGCUAAAUAAAAAGCUCAAGUGU